AUGGUGGAGCUGCAGCAGCUGCAGGUGCAGGAGGUGGUGGACUCCAUGGUGAAGAGUCUGGAAAGGGAGAACAUCUGGAAGACACAGGGUUUCAUGUUCUGGUGCGGCGCCAGCUGUUGUGAGGACAGCCAGGCAUUCACCCAGCAGGUGCACCAGUGCAUCGAGUGCUGCCCUGUGCCUCUGGCUCAAGUCCAGGCCUUGGUCACCAGUGAGUUGGAGAAGUUCCAGGACCACCUGGCCCGGUGCACCGUGCAUUGCAAUGACAAAGCCAAAGAUUCAAUAGAUGCUGGGAGUAAGGAGCUUCAGGUGAAGCAGCAGCUGGACGGUUGUGUGACCAAGUGUGUGGAUGAGCACAUGCACCUCAUCCCAACUAUGACCAAGAAUAUGAAGGAGGCUGUCUUAUCCAUUGGGAAAUAA